AUGAACGAAAUAAAUUACGAAAAGGCAUAUUUACAUUGGAGUUCAGUAACCAGCAAUGUGGAUGGAAUGCUUGGUGGUUUUGAACAGUUACAUUCAACUGAUAUAAAUACUUCAAAGCAUUUAUUGGAUUAUUUGACUAGAAAGCAACUUUUAACCAAAUUUGAACAUGCAUUGGAUUGCGGAAGUGGAAUUGGACGUAUAACAAAACAUUUGCUUCUUCCAAAAUUUAAUUAUGUUGAUAUGGUUGAUUUUGCUGAAACGUUUAUUGAACAGUCAGAGAAAUAUAUUGGUUCUGAAGGAAAUUCUCGUGUUCAAAAUAAAUUUGUCGAAUCCCUCCAUACUUUCAAACCAAGCCCAAAUUUUUAUGAUUUGAUUUGGAUACAAUGGGUGACUGGACAAUUAUCGGAUGAUGAUUUGACUAGUUUUCUGAAGAGAUGUAAGAAAGGAUUAACUAAAAAUGGUUGUAUCAUUAUAAAAGACAAUGUAACAAGUCGAGACGAAGAAAAAAUUUUUGAUGAAUGUGACAAUUCUUGGACAAGGCCUUCAAAUGAAUUACGACCUUUAAUUAAAGCUGCUGAUUUAAAUAUUGUUUUGGAGAGAAAACAACUUUUCUUUCCUAAAAAUAAUUUUCCGGUUUUUAUGUUCGUCUUAAAACCUUUAGAUAUUAUUUGA